AUGCACAUUCAGCGUGCCUCUGAUGUGCUUCUGUGUCAAGUAUUUCUGACUAAUCUUAAAGGACAAGCUCGAACUUGGUUCUACUCUCUACCGGGGGACACUAUAAACACCUUUAAUGAGCUUGCCAAAUUGUUCUCGGAACGGUUCAACGCAAAUCGAAGGAUCAUCAAGGAUUCAUCCCAUCUCUCGGGAAUUCAUCAAAGUGAAGGAGAGUCACUCAAAGACUACUUCGACAGGUUUUCUACUAAAGUCCGUCAAAUUUCAGGAGUAGAUCCAGAGUUACUUAGGGGGGUUUUCUUUGGGGGGCUUCACCAAGGACCCUUUUACUCAUCACUGAUGAAGGAGACAGUUUGUUCUUAUGCCGACAUUGUCCACCGUGUUGAGGCCUAA